AUAGGCAUGGCUUCUAGUUCCAUUAUUAAUUGGAGUUACAUUUGUCAAGUGAUGUUUUUUGCUCUCUCACUUUUCUUGCAGCUUCUACCAUCUGAGAUUGAAGGUAUUGGUGCAAAAGUUGAAAGCCUUCUUGGUUAUGAUGGACCCCUUCCCUUUCAUCUUGAGACUGGGUAUAUUGGGUUGGGGGAUUCAGAUGAUGACAUGCAAGUUUUCUACUAUUUUAUUAAGUCAGAGAAUGAUCCUAAGAAUGACCCUCUUUUGCUAUGGCUCACUGGUGGCCCCGGUUGUUCUUCAUUUUCCGGCCUUAGUUUUCAAAUAGGUGAUCUUCAAUUCGCAACUUGUCUUUUCAAAAGUAUAAUUUUACAACCUUUUCUUCAUGUAGAAAUAAGAACUACCAUUUAACUUA